AGGGAGAGCCGUUGUCCAGGAGUUGGGACGGCUUCCGUCCGGAGCCGGAAGAGCCGGGAUAGUGGGAUAGUGGCGGGGCUGAGGGACUGGAGGCAGGGAGCGGCGCGCUCAGGGUCGGCUCUUGUCCCGGUGGGUGCAGAGCCGUGAGACCCUCCGAGAUCUGAGUCCCCAAGGCAAGGGGCAGGCGCCCCGAGGCCCCGCAGUGCACCGCUGUAUCACUCUAAAUCUAACUGCCAUAAUUGCUAUCGAAGAUAAUUAAACAGCAAAUAGGAGCAUGGCAACAAAUCCUCCUGGACAAGACGAGAUAUCCGGUCCAAGAGCCAGCUACAAGAUAAUGGGCAUAGAGAAGGAGAGAAAAGGAGCAGGUAUAAGAUUAUGAAUGACGAUUUAGCUCAUGACCACCCCCAGGAAGAAGUCAUUCAGUACCAACCAAACUGUUCUCAGAAGGUUUUCAAAAUAAGAAUCGAGUAGCAAUCCUGGCAGAACUAGACAAGGAGAAAAGGAAAUUACUUAUGCAAAACCAAUCUUCCACAAAUCAUCCUGGAGCCAGCAUUGCCCUCUCCAGGCCCCCCCUUAAUAAGGAUUUUCGUGAUCAUGCUGAACAACAGCACAUUGCAGCUCAGCAGAAGGCUGCCUUACAGCAUGCUCAUGCACAUUCUUCGGGAUAUUUCAUAACUCAGGACUCUGCAUUUGGAAAUCUCAUUCUUCCCGUUUUGCCUCGGCUGGACCCAGAAUGAAGGAAACAUUUGCAUUGGGAAAAAUAACUUUGUAAAAUGAACUGCCAAAGUUACUAUCAUUCUGAUUCACUCUGUGCUAAGAAAUGACUCACAUUUUUUUGUGUGAGAUUUUGUAUCUCAUGCCUUGUUACAAGAAAGGCACUUUACAUCUAUGCAGGUGAAAUGUACAUAAAUGGUGCAUGUUAUACACGGUCUGUAACCAUUCUGUAAUGCACUUCAUUUAUUUAUGCCGAUGUGCUUGACCGCUUUAAAUAUUUUUUUACUUUUAAGUAGGAUGAAGUAUACAAUAAGACCAGACUAGAACAUAGAAAAACUCUGUAAGGUACUUAACUUUAAGGAAAUGCCAUUUUUCAUUCUAAACAAAUAGGCUUGGCCAUAUAAAACAUCCAUUCUUCUUGGUGUUUUAUCAGACUGUUAUUACUGUACCCCCUAAAUUCAUGUUCUUGAACAUACUGGUUUCCAAAAUGGCCCUGAAAUCUUUUAUGUGGCCUCAUCUCUAGUUUUCCUAUUCUCACUUUUAAUCCUAGAAGAGAGUAGUCUAAAUUACAAACUAGUAUUAUACAUUUUUUAGUAUUUCUUAAAUAUGAGAUUUAUGUAAAUGAUGUUAACACAUGAUAUUAAAAGCUACUGUGACAAUAAAUAACUUGGGCGUUACUCUUGAGAGUUGUACAUUAUACUUUUUACUAAUGCUUUUGUCAUAGGAACUAAAUGUAAAGUUCCACUUCUAGCUUGAAACUUAAUGUGCCAGUUUUACCUCUUUUUUUUCUUACUUAAAGGUAGAGAUAGAAAUUAGUAUUAGCUAUGUCUGCAGAUUUUUUUUUUUUUUUGGUGAGGCAAUUGGGGUUAUGUGACUUGCCCAGGGUCACACAGCUAGUAAGUGUCAAAUGUCUGAGGCCGGAUUUGAACUCAGGUACUCCUGACUCCAGGGCUGGUGCUCUAUCCACUGCACCACCCAGCUGCCCCUGUCUGCAGAAUUUUGUAGAGGAUUUUGAGCAAGAUUUUCCUGGUAGACUCUAAAUACCUUAAGAAUUCAGACAUCCAUCAUAAAUCCCAUAUUUUAUAGUAAAUUGGGGCAUUCAGAAAGUUCAGUAACUUAUCCAAGGUCACAAACUUAAAUAUGACUUUCUAACUAGUUAGGGUAGUGGCCAUAUUUUAGAAUAGAAAAUGCACCAAUACAAAAUCAAGCUCCUUUAUGUAAAGCUCUCUCUGAAUUUGCUGUAGCAAUACCUGAAGCCGUUCUUGAGCACCUUCUUCAGGGAAUUUUCCAGUCUUGAAAGUCCAAGCAACAUGUAUCAUUGCGUCAGAUAAGAGAAAUAAUCUGUGGCAGUGGAAGAUAGAAAAAUUAAAUAAUGAACCUGGGUUUCCAAAUUAUGACCUUCGUCUUAGUCCAGGACUCUAACCAGCCACAAACAUAUCUGUGUAGAGAUAGGAAAGGAAAUAGUGGUGAGUUCUCCAAUUUACUCUUUUUAUUUAACAUUCCAUCAGUUUGUAUCCUUAAUAUUCCAAAUAAUUUCAAAUUAAUUUAAAGGAAAAUAGGUUAUUAUAUUCCAGAAAGAUCAUUAGGUUAUGGAAAGAGAUGGCCAAAUUUGGAUUCAAUGUAUAGACCACUCACAUCGUUUGGCUUUCUUCGUUCUUAUAUCCUUCUCAGCAAAACGUAUUUUUAGAAUUGGAAGGAACCUUAGAGGUCAUCUGGUCUAACUAGAGGAAAACUAAGGGUCAUAGAGCUUAAAUGAUUUGUCCAUUGUCACACAAUUUGGGUCCUCUGACUCUUAUGUUACCUCACCCUUCUCUUAUCCACCCCAGACAACCUCCUACUGAAACAAGUCCAAAGGCAAUUUCAGCUAUUGAUGAUGCACAUUAGUCAUGGUUAAAAAAAAAAUCUGGCUUUUCAUCAUUAUUUACCUCAUAUUGAUAUACUCUUGGUGGGGGCACUCAUAGGCCCUACCCCAAUGUAUAUAACACCAAGAGACCCACAUUGGAGGAGAAGCUCAUGGGAAGGUUCCAUGGUGCCAGGGGCUCCUAGCCUUUGCCCUCAUUCUUCUUCUCACCUGUUAGACCACACCUGAAAUACCUACUUAAAUGCAACCACUGUCUCACCUACUUAUAUAUCCCCUUCUCAUGUGAACAUACUCAUCGUGGCACCUGUCUUUUUCCUUUUAAGCACUUCACCCCCUCAAAACCACACAUGUCAGUAUCCUAACCACUACCUGGUGCCCCUAAAUAUCUCACAGAAGUGCAGUCAGAUGCCUAGAGUUGUAAAAUACCCUCAAUGGUGGGAUUUGGAGAGGAAACUUUUCCAUGUAAGGAAUGAGGUGACAUAGUAUUUUUUUUUUUUUUUUUUUUUUUUUAGUGAGGCAAUUGGGGUUAAGUGACCUGCCCAGGGUCACACAGCUAGUAAAGUGUUAAGUGUCUGAGGCCGGAUUUGAACUCAGGUACUCCUGACUCCAGGGCCUGUGCUCCAUCCACUGCACCACCUAGCUGCCCGUGACAUAGUAUCUUAAGAAAAAAACAUUGCCUUUUGGGUUAGGACACCCCAGUCAAGUAUAGUUGACCCUGGUAAAUCCUUUUAGCUCUCUGGACCUCAGUUUUUUCAUGUGUAAAUAAAAAGAAUGAUGAGAUCAGUGAACUUGAGGCCAGUAAAACUGUUUUAAAAAUAUUUUGUUUACUUAUUAAAAUAGAAUUACUUUCCUAAGGGGGCGCAGGGAAUGGAUGACAAGUAUUUAUUAAGUGCUUACUAUGUGCUAGACAGUGUGUUAAGGGCUUUACAAAUACCAUCUCAUUUGACCACAACAACCUUUUGUAAUUUUAUAAUUCCUUUGCAAUCCUAUAUAUUUAAUUUUAUACUUUUAAACAACAUUAUUCUGAGAAGGGGUCAGUAGGCUUCACUAGACUGUCAAAGGAGUCCAUGACACACAUAUUAAAAACUAAGAACCCCUGGAUUUAACCUUAAUGUCCUUUCUUGCUCUAAGUCAUAUGAAGCUUGGUAAUAAAUGUAUUUGUCAUCUCCCCAGAAUCAAGCUCCAGCUUCUUUGUUAGUUUAUACUUUUGUAUGUAAUUUUUAUGCUCAUUUUUAUUUGUUUAAUCAUACUUCCUCCAUUAGGUUAUAGGGAAUAUUUCUUCUAGUUCUUUAUUAUAUUCCUAAGUAUUCUAUACAGUGCUUAGUGAGUACUUAUGAGACAUUAGACUGGAAGACUGCUUUGUUGUUUUAGUUGCUUUCCAUUCGUGUCCGACUCUUCAUGACCCUUUUUGGGGCUUUCUUGGCAAAGAUAUUGGAGUGGUGUGCUAUUUCCUUUUCCAAAUCAUUUGACAGAUGAAUGAACUGAUGCAAACAGGGUUAAGUGACUUGCCCAGGGUCAUACAGCUAAUAAGUGUCUGAGGGCGGAUUUAAACUCAGGAAAAUGUCUUCAGGCCUGCCUCUCCAUCCACUGUGCCACCUAGCUGCCAGGAAGACUGCUUACCAGGUUAUAAAACAUUUAGGAGUUACAAUGUUUCUUAAUAAAUAACAAUAAUCAAACCUACAAAAUUCAGCCACAACAUUAUAAAGAAUUGAACUUUGUCAUAAGAAUCAUAAAAGCCUUUCAAGUAUAAAUGUCUGUUCUUUAAUACAUACUCUAUGUAUGAUUCCCUUUCUCUUGGAUGUGACAAUUAUGAUCAUUAAUGAUUUGGCCAAAUAAGUUUGUGACAUUCUUUCAGAAAUUUAUAAAGUAUUUAUAUAUAUA